AAACACAUAAUGGAAAACAGAGAAAACGAAUUUUCGAAUGAAGAAUUAGAGAUUCAGAAUGAACCAAAUUUUAGAGAAAACUCUGGCCCACUUGAAGGCUUUUUCGGAGUUCUGAAAGGUGCUUUAUGAGGAGUUGACCAAGAGCAGAUUGAUGAUGAGGAACAAUCUAGUUUUGAUGUGGAGAGACAGCGUAGACAGUUUGAGAGGCAGCUCAGGAGAGCUGAGCUCCGCAGACUCACUAACGAAACCGAAGAUGCCAAACAAGCCAAGAUGUAUAACAAAGAGCAUAAAAUGCUUGACAAACAAGACAAGAAAGAGCAACGCGAACUCAAACUCGAACAGAAGCGACUCAAGAAGCUUGAGAAAGAAAGUUUGAAACUUGAAAAAGCCAGACUCAAACAACAGAAGGCUGAAAUGAAAGCACAGAAGAAACUUGAGAAACAGCGACUCAAAAAACUCAGAGACAAAGAAAAGUUAGAGAAGAAGCUGCAGAAGCAAGCCAGCAAGCAGCAUAAACUCGGAAGAAUCACCAACACCCAAGUUGAUGUGACAGAAGCUGUUUCUGAGUCUCCAAUCGAGGAGUCUAAAGAAUUUGAUAACAGCGAGCCGAGUCAUUCAAGCAAUGAUGAGUCACAAGUUGACCAAGACAUGGAUGUCUCAAGGUCAGAUGAGAGCAACGAAGAGAUACCUGAUGAAGAGAGCAAAGAUACCACAGCAGAAGAGGAUUCAAUUGAGUCAAAACUACUAGAAUCCUUAAAGAGAAAUAAAGAUUUAGCCAAGAUGCUAAAAUUAACUCAAUGCUUAAAAAAGGAAGAGAAAAUGAAACAGAAGCUAGAUAAUCUUAAAAAUGGAAAGAAAGAAAAGAGAGAAAAGAGAGAGAGAAAGCAAAAGAAAGUUUCCAUUGCAAAGCUCAUUAAGCAAUUCAACAAAGAACAGGAGCGUUUCAGGAAGAUGGUGUGUAGCAAUAAGCCCCUUGAUAAGCAUAAUCUUUCCUUAGACAAAAGUCAGUACAUCUACAAUAUCCGGCAAGAUCUUGGUAUUUUACCCAAAGAUAGCGCUAAGAACUGCAAAUAUAAGGGAGCAAGAUUAUUCAAUAGGAUGGAGAACCAGAAACUGUUUGCUUAUGACCCAAAUAAUGAGUACUUCACUGAAGAUUGCCUAAAUGUAGAUGAGACUGUUGAAGGAGCCCAAUCUUACUUCGGGAAAACUGAAGAUAGAGUAUGAGCCCUUUGUAUAGACGACUUCGUGCAAGGAGAUAUGCUUAGAAGGAUGCAGCAGUGUGGACAUGUAUUUCACGCAGAGUGAAUAGAUGAGCACAUUGUGUACUGUAUUAAAAAGGAUGAGACUACAUGUCCUUACUGAAGAGCAGAGAUUUUAUAG